AUGGAUGGGCGGAUCUCUACACGUGGUAAUGGAACAUAUGAGCUAUAUUACGGGCUGGUGACCUCUGCGGCGUGGGCCGCGCAGCAGCUGCAGCCGGCGCGCGCAGAGGCGGCAAUCCUUGUUGGCCCCGCCCAGUCGGGCGGCAAGUUUGCGACCAUCAACGAGGCGAUCGCAGCAGCCGAGCAGGGCGGCAUCAUCACAGUGCUGCCCGGCCGGUACGAGGAGCGGAUAACGCUGGACGGCAAGUUCGUCACAAUUCAGGCUGCACAGGCGGGCAGCGUGGAGGUCGUAUGGGAGAGCUCCAGGCCGUACGAGCACACCCUCGAGUGUAAGAACACGCAGGGGGCCGUGGUCGUGCGCGGCAUGCUGCUGCGGCACCGCAGCCCCAGCGUCGCUCAGAAUUAUUGCGUCUUCGUAGGGGCGGGCAGCAGCCUGGUGUUGGAGGCGUGUGACGUCAGCAGCAGCUCGGGCAACGGCGUGGGCGUGGAGGGCGCGACGCUGCAGCUCAAGGACUCCCAGGUCCACAACUGCGAGCGCCACGGCGUCGCGGCGUUCGGCGGCUUCGAGGGCGCUCCAGGGCGCUGCCUGGUGAUGGGCUGCGCGAUCAAGAGCAACAAGCUGUCGGGCGUGUUUGUGCGGGACGGCGGCAACGCGGUGCUGCGGGACAACACGGUCGUGGACAACGGGGAGUAUGGCGUGGCGUUGCUGGACGGCUGCACGGCGCGGCUCUUUGAUAAUAAGGUGGCGGGCAACGCGGCGGGCAGCGUCCGGGUCGACGUCGGCAGCGUGGCUGUGGACGUGUCCGAGGUCAACGGCAAGAACGCGCUGGACACGCCCGCCGCAGCCAUCAGAUUGUAA